AUGCUACCCUACCUGUUCCCCGACCUUUCCUCGUUCACCACUGCUGAGGACCUCAUUUCCCACCUGCGCGCUACUGACACUCGCUUUUGUGCCGCCCUUUCAGCCGAGGACUUCUUCCUAGCGCUAGACCCCACCACUCUGACUGUCAACGACUUCGAGAAGCACCUCCUCGCAGCAGAGAAGAACAUCCUCGCUGUAGGUGCUGCUCGUGGCACUCCUCGCUCUCCCCUCUUUGAGGGGUGCUCCCUCUCCCCUCUCACCCCCUCCUACGCCUCCGUAGCUGCUGCUCACGACUACCUUGGUGCUGAGGAGGUCGGGGCUGCUUCCGCUCCUAGUGGGAAGCGUCACAGCGGCAGGGGCGGCAAGGGUGGUAGGGGAGGUGGGGGUGGCGGUGGAGGUGGCGGUGGUGCAGGCGGCGGGGGAGGUGGAGGUGGUGGGGGUGGCCGUUGGGGUGGAGGCGGUGGAGGUGGUGGUGGGGGCGGCGGAGGCACUGGGAACGGUGGAGGUGGCAGCAGUGGCAGUGGGGGAGGAGGGAGCGGUGGUGGCAAUGGUGGUCAGGGCCAGCGGCAGUCGUAG